CGCCACCGGUGCCGCCGCAGCAUGGCCGCCGUCCCGCCCGACUCCUGGCAGCCGCCCACCGUUUCUAUGGAGACCACAAUGAGCCUGCUGGUGCUGGAGCUGCACUGGCAACACAGCCCCUGAAUUUGGUCUGAAGCUGGGGAUGAUGGGCCCACUUGUGCUGGAACUGUACUGGCAACACGCCCCCCGCACCUGCAAGAACUUUGCUGAGCUGAGCCGCCGUGGUUACUAUAACGGCACCAAGUUCCACCGCAUCAUCAAGGACUUCAUGGUGCAGGGAGGGGACCCCACGGGUACUGGCCGUGGUGGUGCCUCAAUCUACGGGAAACAGUUCGAGGACGAGCUGCACCCUGACCUGAAGUUCACUGGAGCCGGGAUCCUGGCAAUGGCCAAUGCAGGGCCAGACACCAAUGGAAGCCAAUUUUUCCUGACACUGGGCCCGGCACAGUGGCUGGAUGGGAAGCACAGCAUUUUCGGGAGGGUGUGCCAAGGAAUGGGGGUGCUGGGGCGCCUAGCCAUGGUGGAGACCAACUCCCAGGACCGACCCCUCGAUGAUGUCAAGGUCAUCAAGGCGUAUCCCUUGGGGUAGGGGUGUGGGGUGCCUGUCCUCCAAAUUGUACUGCUCGUUUGUAAUAAAAGAGGUUGGAUGUGG